CAAUUAAUUAAGAAAGCAAUAGACGAUCUGACCAACUAACGACUAUUAUGUCGACCACGGCAAUCGCAUUGAACCGCAGCUCUUACAACUCUCGUCAGGCACAUCUAUUUUGAGAUUUCCUUCUUCGACAAUCACCACAUUCUCCCUCCCAAGCACCAUGGGCCCUGCUCGCCUUUGACGCCCCGACCGCAUCCCAUCCCGAGAGCUCUUUGACGCUUCAGCUACCACCAUCGAGCGAGAAGCCGUUGCUGUCAGAUUGGUGUUGAAAUGGAUCGGCAGCAGAAACCCCUGAUCAAGCCCAGCGGGAUUCCCCGCCUGGCUUCAAAAUUACCAUUGCCGACUGCUACCGCGUCUAGAUCCAUCCGCGCCUCUCCGUCUCGUGAGAAACUGCAAACCGAUCCUGGUCUGUAUUCUGGCAGGCUGCGACGCCCUUCGGAGGAGCCCGUGUUCAAGAAGCCCCUUCCCAAAUACAAAUCCCCAGAUAAGCCCUCAAACGGCCAGCAGCAAAAGAGAGAGGUCCUCCAGAUUGGAACAAUCCCGAGCGAACAAGCCGAGCCCGCAAGAGCAACAUCCAUCAAGGCCGACAACGAUGAAUGCGCAAUUCCGAUGCACGAUGCAGACAAUCGAGGCCGAACGCGCCCCUCCCUCUCAGAGCGAACCAUCGAAACCCUGUCGCAAAUUCCACCCUCGCCUGCACCUUUAAGAAGACAAUCUAGUUUUUUCAAUGCGACCAGCCCAAUGCGCUCUCCGUCUCGUCCACCGUCGUCAAUGACAAACUACUCUCGAUCGCCGUCUAGGUCGUCGUCGUCCCGCCAGCCUAGCGGAAAUGACUAUCUUUCCCGUCCCUCGUCCGCUAUGAGGCUUCCAUCUAGAUCCCGCCCGUCGACGUCUACGAACGGUUCAUCUGCCGAUGUAACCACUCCGAUGGCUAUGGAGAGCCCGUCCAAGCUCAAGCAGCCUUCCAUUAGAGCCGCCGUCCACGACGAAACGACACCGACCAAGCCAAAACCACGUGCGCUCUUCAGCCAACCUUCUACCACUCGUGUCAGUUCGGACGCUGGGCCUUCGAUCCAAGUCAAGAAAACUCGGAAAACGCCGGUGAACUCCUCUGCAGGCACCAAGCCGACUUCAGUAACCUCGAGACAGUUAUCGACGAAACAAGCAGCAUCUGAGUUGACCCCAAGUCAACAAUCUGAGCUGGAGACAAGAAAGGUCUCGAACUCGUCGAGCGCGCUACGGGAAAGUAUUGCAAGGGCGAAAGCGGCAAGAAAGGCUGCGGCGCAGACCGUCAAUACGUCCCCUGCCAGCACAUGGGAUAACUUUGACGUCGAGGACCCGUUUAACCAGCGGCCCAAGGAUCCUCAAAACGGACUUAUUCGGAAACGCAUCGAGACGGGGCGUACGUCUGGGCAUCUGAACAUUGCCGCCAUGUCCUUGACAGAACUUCCAAAGGAGGUAAUGGCGAUGUAUGACUUUGACCCGGAGUCAUCCACAGAGUGGUAUGAAAGUGUGGAUCUCGUGAAGUUUAUCGCAGCAGACAACGAAUUCACCGAGCUCCCAGAUGCUGCCUUCCCUGAUAGGGAUGUGCAAGACUUGGAAUCCGAUGCUGACGAGAAGGGAAAUCAGUUUGGGGGGCUCGAGCUUCUAGAUUUACACGGAAAUUUGCUACGCUCUCUACCAAUGGGCUUGAGAAGACUGCAGCGAUUACAUACCCUGAAUCUUUCUAACAACAGUUUGACCAUGCAUGGAAUGCAUGUAAUCGUGGAGAUGGAGUCUCUCCGGGACCUCAGAUUAGCAAAGAACCAAUUGCAGGGCAAACUGACUUCGGAUAUCGGACAUCUCAAAAAUCUGGAAACUCUCGACCUGCACAACAAUUCCAUCACAGAUCUCCCUGAAGAGCUCAGGUCGCUCAAAUGCCUUCGAUUCUUGAAUGUCGGCAAUAACCAGCUAGCCUCUCUGCCUUUCGAAGCUUUGAGCCAGCUUCCGUUGAAAGAUCUCAAUGCUCAGAGGAACAAGCUGAGUGGAACUUUGAUACCUGCCAAUGUAACAAAACUGGAGACUCUUCAGAACCUCGACGUUUCGAGCAACGCAUUAGUGCAACUUUCAGGCCAAGGGGAUAUUGAGCUUCCCAGCUUACAAACAUUAGCCAUCAGCAUGAAUCGGAUCCAAAAGUUGCCCAGCAUCUCUCGUUGGCGGGAGCUUCUAACUCUAUCCGCGGAGGACAACAAAAUAUGCGAGAUCCCGCAUGGCUUUGUUGAAUUGAAGAGCAUUAAAAAUGUCGACUUCACGGGGAAUGAUAUCUCAAAACUGGAUGAGCGAAUCGGGUUGAUUGAAAGUCUUUCGACAUUCCGGAUUGCCAAUAAUCCCCUUAGGGAGCGGAGGUUCCUCGGCAUGAGUACGGAAGACCUCAAGAGGGACCUACGGAACCGAUGCGAGCCAGAAGUCCAAGAUACCGACGAUGAAGAGGGAUCGGUCGCCACUCAAUUCACGCUUGCGCCAGAAACACCCGCGCAAACGUCAGCUUGGCAGAUCAAACCGGGGGGGACCCUCGAUAGAUCAUACACCGACAUGCGAGAGCUAGAGGUUGAAAGACUCGACGAAAUCAACUUCGAAGAAAUCAGAUGCCUAUGUCUGCAGCACAACGGGUUACGCUCCUUCCCAGCUCCGGCCCUCAGCAUGCUUGCAGCCAAUCUCACUGACCUUGACCUCUCAAACAACCCUCUCGAUAGCAAUUCCUUGCUGAGCUCCUCUCUCAUGCUUCCCAGUCUCCAGCAUCUCAACUUGAGCGCAACAACUUUGACCACGUUAACUCCAGUCUUCGCCUACCUAAAAGCUCCAUCACUUACAUUCCUUGACGUUUCUUAUAAUCGUCUUUCCGGGCCGCUUCCUCCCGCGCGACUAAGCUAUCCAAACUUGAUGACAUUGCUUGCCGCCGAUAACCGUCUUGACGGUAUAGAUUUUGAUGCUGUACAAGGCCUCCAGGUAUUAGACGUGGGGAACAACAACAUCGGAUCCCUUCCGCCAAAAAUCGGUCUGCUAAGAGCCGAGGGAUCUAGCAAGAAUUGGGGUGGCGGAUCGGCUCUGAGGAGGUUCGAAAUUGCGGGUAACAGCUUUCGAGUACCUCGAUGGCAAAUCGUCGCCAAAGGGACAGAUACGAUCCUUGAAUGGUUGAAGGACCGAAUACCUGCCAUUGACCUUUGCGAGUGGGAAUCGGGUGACGAGGCAACUUCAUAAUCCUGCCUGGAUUUAGGGGGUCCCCCUACCGAAUGCUGCCGCAUGAAGCAACGCUCCUCACGUAAAUAUUACUGGGAAAGGCGCCUGCCGUUGCGGCCACCGUCCUGUUACUUACCUACACAUAUACCAUAUGAACCAGAAUUUCGGGAAAAUGAG